GACGAGCUCAUCAGUUCAUCACGUUCUGGCUUUUCAUUCAAAUUAUCAACUGGAUUCUCUUUUACACUUCCUUUACUUUCUCCACAACAUCAAUGGCGGAGGCAUCGAAGAGAUAUGCAGUGGUUACGGGUGCAAACAAGGGGAUCGGAUUGGAAAUAUGUAAACAGCUGGCUUCCAAAGGAAUCAUGGUUGUUUUAACCGCUCGAGAUGUGAAGAGGGGCCUUGAAGCAGUCGAAAAUCUCAAAGAGGUGGGCCUAUCGGAUCGUGUAGUUUUUCAUCAACUUGAUGUUGCCGAUCCUGCUAGCGUGGCUUCUUUCGUAGAAUUCAUUGAAACAGAAUUCGGGAAGCUUGAUAUCUUGGUGAAUAAUGCAGGGAUUAUUGGCUUCGAAAGCGAUGGUGAAGCUCUUCUAGCUGCAGGUUUUGGUAAGCCCGGUGCACAAUCGAACUGGGGUAGUCUAAUAACUCAAACACCAGAGUUAUCUGAGCAAUGCCUUCAAACAAACUACUACGGCGCCAAAAGAAUGUGCAAAUCGCUUCUUCACCUUCUCCAGCGAUCUGAUUCACCGACAAUCGUCAACGUUUCGUCUUCCAUGGGGAAGUUAAAGAAUGUAUCGAACGAAUGGGUGAAAUCUGUCUUCAGCGACGUCGAAAAUCUGACAGAAGAGAAAGUGGACGAGGUGUUGAGCCAGUAUAUGAAAGAUUUCAGGGAAGGUUCAUUGGAAGAAAAGGGUUGGCCGCUUUUCUUGUCAGCCUACAUACUAUCUAAAGCAGCCAUGAAUGCCUAUACAAGGAUCCUGGCUAAGAAAUAUCCUAAGUUUAUCAUCAACUGUGUCUGCCCUGGCUUUGUGAAAACAGACAUAAACUACAACGCUGGGAUCUCGAGUGUUGAAGAAGGUGCAGAGGGUCCAGUGAGAUUAGCAUUGUUGCCUAAUGGUGGCCCUUCUGGUCUCUUCUUUAUUAGGAAAGAAGAGUCUGAAUUUUAAUCAAAAGCUUGCUUUUGUGUUUUAAUCUUAUGGAUAUGUUUCAGAGUUGAAUGAGAACAAAGCAUAAUGCUUGAAGUAUCUGUUAUUUAAUGUAAUAAAAGUAGCAUGUUAGUCUUAA